AACUUUAGCAAACAUGUGAGACGGACUGAAGAAUUAAUUAUUGUGAAAAAUAUUUUCGGUUGUUCAGACUUCCUCGAUAACAGGUUCGUGCCUGUAACAAAAAGACAUUCAGUUAAAUGUGCUACAUUUUUUACUAACUUAGAGGCAAUCAGCCUUGAUUCAGUUGAGCGAAAAUUUAAUUUCUAAAGUUAAUCAAAUCCACACACCAAAAAUGGCAGAACGGCAAAAGUCUAAGUCCAGCACUGACCCAAAAUACUUAGCAAGACGUGAAAAGAAUCGUCUGGCAGUCACCAAGUUCAGACUCAAGAAAGCACUUGAGGAUGAACAGAAACAAUCAAGGCAGGAUAAAUUGCGUCUUGACAAUGCUAAGCUCGAAGGAAAAGUUCAUCAACUGAAAGUCACUAAGCAGCUUCUGAAGGAGCUUUUGGUCGAGCAGUUAAGACAGCGUGGAAAACGAUUAACAAAAGAACAAAUGGAAUGCAUCAAUGAUAAUUUUGAUGAUGAUUUCGAUAUAAAGGAGGAGGAUGAUGCUGAAUGUGAUGACAAAAGCACCAGUGGGGAGUUAUCUGAUCAAUCAAGCAGUGAUUUUGACUACAGGGGAUAAAUUUGAGUUCUCAAGACAUGAAGUUUUUAAUACGUUUUAUAGCUGCAACCAGGCUGUUAACUUGAAUUAUUUAUAAUCUGGAAAAAGGAGUGUAUUGAGUUGUAUUGGCUGG